CUAGUGCAUCAGUAGAGUAUAAUUGAGACGUGUUGAGACGAUUUUCUCAUCUAAAAUAAUAUUGCUUUCAUUGAAAAUAUUAUUUUAAAAAACCAUGGUUAUUUAAAUCUCAUAAUCUAAGGCUCUCAGUCUUUAUGCAAUCACAAAACAACCGCAGAAAUGUCUGUAUUCUUCGUAAAUGCCAAUCAAGAUAGCGAAGUAGAAGGCGAUUCAAAUGGAGAUUUGCAAAUUGCAUCACCGGGCAACUCUGAGGCCCAACAAGCACUGGCUCACUUUUGGCCAAAAGUCAUGGAAGAAAUAAAAAACAUUACAAGUAUGGACCUCAAGACACAAUCAUUACCGUUGGCAAGGAUAAAGAAGAUCAUGAAGUUGGAUGGAGAUGUGAAAAUGAUAAGUGCAGAAGCACCUAUGCUCUUUGCCAAAGCAGCGGAGAUUUUUAUACACGAAUUAACUCUCAGAGCUUGGGUACACACAGAGGACAAUAAGAGACGAACUCUUCAACGAAAUGAUAUUGCAAUGGCAGUUACAAAAUACGACCAAUUCGAUUUUCUCAUAGAUAUAGUACCUAGAGACGAAAUCAAGCAGAGCAAAGCACAAAAUGAAGCUACUGUACGUACAUCAAUGAACUCCGAUCAGGUUCAUUAUUACUUCCAAUUGGCACAGCAGCAGGCUUCGACGAAUCAAAAUGUACAGACCAGUGGUGCUACCACGCAACCUAUACAAAUAGUCCAACCUUCCGGCGGACAAAUUCAGACCAUCAAUAUCGGCAGUCCUGUAGAACAGGAGACCACUAAUACGAGUACAGCCCAAACAGUUACAGUUCAAAGUCCACAGCAAUCAUCCGGUCAACAUGUCAUUCAACUUCAGCAAGCACAACAAACGCCCACCACCCAAACAGGAGGGAUACAAAUCGUGCAACAAAUUGUCACCCCUAGUGGCGAAAUUCAACAAAUACCUAUUCAAUUGACUCCUCAACAACUACAGAUGAUUCGCAUGCAAGUGCAGGGUGGAAACAAUCAACCGAUAAUAAUACAGACUGCUCCGAUUCAAACGCAACCACAAUUGAUACAAGUUGCACAAGGCACGCAAGCUCCCGUUUUCUUACAGACCUCCAGUGCAGAUACCGAAUAAUAUUAAUAUAAUUAAUAUUAAUUAAUAUUAUAUUAAUAUUUAAGCAAUGGAAGACAAGACAUGUAUCAAAAUUAAUCGAUUACCAGAUAAGUUCAAUUACAAGAUAACAGUCUGAUCGUUAUUUCUUUCUCAUUAUUGUCUUGUUUUCUAUUGCAAACAACGUAAAUAAUAAUAGAAAUUUUUAUCGAAUAAUUAGGAUUAAUUAAAACUGAUAAUUAUCUGACUUUUUCUACUCAUUAUUUUAUUAUUAUCAGAUUGUCAAAUUUGACUUUGAUUAAAACGUUUUGUAUCACGAUGCAAUAAGCAUUUCCGUUAUUGUAUUGUCACUUUGUUAUUGUGUCUACUCUUUGUUGUAUCUCUCUUGUAUUUAAGUUCUGUCAGUAUUCAGCAGUUUUUUUCUUGAUACAGUAAUUAUUUCUUUAUUGUUCGCUGCUCUGAUAAGAUACACAAUGUAUAUUAAAAAUUAUUGAUAUACAAAUAUAGAAAACUGAUAAUACUUA